UUACACAAAAAUAAAAAUUAGUCCGUGCAAUCAUGAGGAAAGCGAUCGGUUCGUCUCUUUACCGCCUUCAGCCAGAGAAAACCCUGUUUAUGCAAUGCGAUAUCCAGGAGAAGUUCAAACCGGCCAUACCGCUGAUGAAUGCGCUCAUAGAAAACACCAAGAAAUUGUUGGCAGCUGGCAAGAUCCUCAAGGUGCCCCUCCUGGUGACCGAACAAUAUCCCGAGAGGCUGGGCAAGACCAUCUCCGAGCUGGACAUUCAGCAUGCCUGCGCCAACAUACCAAAGACCAAGUUCAGCAUGAUUGUGGAGCCGAUCAAGAAGAAUAUGGUUGACAUUUUCAGCGGCAAGCCGCAGACGGUGGUUCUCUUUGGCCUGGAGACACACAUCUGUGUGGAGCAAACGGCCUUUGACCUGAUCAACAACAAGGUGGAUGUGUGGUUGGUCGCCGACUGCUGUGCCUCGCGUCUCAAUCAGGACCGGGACCUUGCUCUGGAGCGCCUGCGGGACAUUGGAUGCGUGAUAACCAGCGCGGAGAGCGUGAUGUUCAAUCUGCUAAACAGCAAGGAUCACCAGGCGUUCAAGCAGGUCUCGUCGCUGGUCAGGAAAGUUUCCGCGGAUGUCCAGCUCUGGCAACGCACAAAGUCGCCAAAGAAGUGACCCCAGCGGCUCCUUUUGAUGUUUGCUUUGCCUAUUAAAUGAUGCAUAUUGCGUGUA